CAAAAUAGAGUUGUUUGUCAUGCUAGUGGAAAAAUAUCAAGACCAGCAGACGCCCCAGACGGGCUAUAUAAGCCAGACACAGACAACAGAGUUUAGGCUUCCUCGGGUAUGUACUGUAUGUGCAUGUGAGUGUGGCUCCCGGAUCGCGAUCUGUGCCAAGAAUAAAGUACUGACUUACAACCACACUCACAUGUACGUCUCUUUCCUCAUCAACGGACUCCUCAUCUACUAUAAGGUUUCUCCAAGCAGGUCCAGGAGGCGAGACCAGAGGUCUGACCAGCCAAGCCUCACACGGCAGAGUGGGUCCUCCUGAAGGUCAUCAAGAGGAAGUGGUCAGAGUCUAGGUGGACUGGUCUCUUCCGAGUCAUCGAGAGGAUCUCCCACGUAGUCCAGCUGAAAGGCAAAGGUGAUACGUGGUACCAUUGGAGCCAGUGUGCAGCGGUGGCAGAGCCCAGCAACUCAGGUCCCAGCAGAGUGGCAGAAUAAUCCCCUGACCUGAGGGAACCAGCAGGGUAGUCUACCCCUGUCUGACAGAGAAGACCAGAGACACCUCAUCCGACGGUAAGCAGACAAGGCCCUGUCACUGGGGAACUACCACUCCGGCCCAGACGGAGAAGACAUACUAUAUGUCUCUCUAGGGGUGGAUCAGACUGGACAGGACCCCUGGGGGCUGGUACGGAUCCAGUUCAUAGACCCGCCCAGGGGCGUAAAUUCCCUCCCCACUGACACCCCACCAUCGGAGCCAGUCCGCCCCACAAAUGACAUCAGAAUAUGGCAGGUUGACUAUAACAGAUUAAAUCCCCUAGACGUACUCCAGCUGGCAACCAGAUAUAAGGACAGUAACCUCUGGCUGGACUGGAUAGCCCAGACAGCCAGAGAACAACACAUGGAAGGUUGUGUGGCCUGCGUGGUGGCCAAGCCCCAGCUAUAUACAGAGCUGGCCCCACUGCAUCCAGAAGACACCUGGGGGUAUGCCUGCAUGUUAGCCCUUACCAGGGAAGCAACCCCCACACACUGUAGUUCUCUGGCAUCCAUCUUUCCUCCUAUAGAUAACACUACAAAGGCAGGGCCCUUUACACCCCAUAAAGGUAAAGGAGAAUACCUCUGUUUUAACUUUACAGGGACAGGUCCACCCAUAGGAGAGGUGCCCAGCGACUGGUGCAAAUGCCACCAACAAAAUGUCACUGGGACUGGUCAGAUAGGGCACUGGGCCCGCUCAGGUCUUUACUGGUACUGUGGUCGAAACAAACUCCGAGUCUGGAUGCCCAUAAGCAGUCAGGGAGUGUGUGCUAUGGUUAGGUUGGGGGCCCCUCUGGUGCUGAUAGGUGAACGACCCACAAGGCUGAGUGUCACCACCUCCCCUCUCCCCCUCCGGAGAAGAAGGCAUGUACUAGGGAAAUGGAGUGCUCACAACUUUAACCCCACCGUGGACUCUCCAACUUAUAUAGAUGCCAUAGGUAUUCCGAGGGGAGUCCCGGACGAAUACAGGCUGGAGGACCAAGUGGCUGCGGGGUUCGAGAACAUCCCAAUAGUGGCAGCAAUCUUUCCCAUAACCCCAAAUAAGAAUGUGGAUCGCAUCAACUAUGUCCACUAUAAUGUGCUCCGUCUCUCCAAUCUCGCACGAGACAUAGUAGAGGGCCUAGCUGGACAACUAGGCCCCACCUCCCUGAUGGUUGUGCAGAACAGACUUGCUCUAGAUAUUUUGCUGGCAGAAAAAGUGGGCGUGUGUGCCAUGUUUGGGGACAUCUGUUGCACUUUCAUCCCCAAUAACACUGCCCCAGACGGGUCCGUCACUAAGGCAUUAGAGGGCCUCCGCACUCUCUCCAAAACCAUGCAUGAACUCUCCGAAAUAGAGAACCUCUGGGAUGACUGGAUGACCUCCAUGUUUGGGCAGUGGGAAGGUUUGAUGGCUCCGCUAUUAUUAUCGAUUGCUACAUUCUCUGCUAUACUAGUUACCUGCGGGUGUUGCUGCAUUCCUUGCCUGCGUGCUCUCACAAUUCGGUUUAUCACGUCCACAAUAGAGAAGAGGGACGCCCACACGAACAUGCUGAUGAUGCCCCUCCUGGCUGACCUGGCUGGUGAAGGGGAGGAAGGGGAGCCAUCGGCUGGCCAGGUGCGUCCCCUUUAAGAAGGGUGAUCUCCUUGCGGUGAUCAAAAGGGGGAUACAGCAAUUUUCCACGAAUCAGUAUACCUAGGGGUGAUCUCUGAGUAGAGAUCAAAUGGGGGAAAUUGAGGGGCUAAACUUUGUGCUAAACUUUGUAACACUGAAAACAGGAACCGACUUGCAGGCAGGCAGGGCAGGGGGCCUCACUCUAAGGUGGUUGUGACACAGGGAAACAAAUGGUGUGCUUUGCAGGGUUGCUGAGACAUUGUGCCAAUGCUUGCCCUACUGGGCUUAACAAGGGAAGGGGUCGCUAAAGCCGCAAAAGAGAACACAAAAAAGGGGGGGGGGUAUGGGUACUACCGAAAGCAGAUAUCAAAAUGGAGUUGUUUGUCACGCUAGUGGAAAAAUAUCAAGACUAGCAGACGCCCCAGACGGGCUAUAUAAGCCAGACACAGACAACAGAGUUUGAGAUUCCUCUGGUAUGUACUGUAUGUGCAUGCGAGCGUGGCUCCCGGAUCGCGAUCUGUGCCAAGAAUAAAGUGCUGACUUACAACCACCUUUCGCCUCACGUGUGCGUCUCUUUCCUCAUCAACGGACUCGGCGGAGACAAGCUCCAACAUUAGAU